AUGAACUAUACCUACGACCCGGCUGAAGUUCAGUACAUUAUUCGUAUUCAUAACACCAACAUUGAUGGUACGAAGAGGAUUGCUUUUGCUCUUACAGGGAUUCGAGGUGUGGGAAUAAGAAUCUCGACGGCUAUAUGCAAGCGCCUUGGGAUUGACUUGAAAAAGCGAGCUGGAGAGAUGAGUGAAGAAGAUAUGAAAAGGAUUGGCGAUGCAAUUCUUGACCCUGCAAGCGUCGGGAUUCCGGAGUCCUACAUGAAUCAUCAAAAAGAUGUUAUUGAUGGGACGACAUCUCAUCUUAUAGGCACAAAACUUGAUGCAGAUCUGAGAAUGAUGAUUGAAAGAGGAAAGAAGAACAAGCUCAUUAGAGCAUGCAGGCUUGAUGUCGGGCUCAAGGUACGUGGACAAAGGACCAAGUCAAAUGGCAGACGUGGGAAGUCUAUGGGUGUUUCAAGAAAGAAGUAA